AUGACAUCCCUCGUUCAUAGAUUUUUGGUGCCGAGUCCAUGGGUCAUCCCUCCCGCCAUGGGUGUCAUACUUUUACAGCUUGGACGUUCAGCGUCGUGUAUUGAUCGAGGACUCGAUAUUCGACAAUGUGAACGUGCACUGGUUCUGCCACUUUUGGAUUAUGGGCCAUUGCCGAUGCAGGGAUGGAAUUUGCGUCCCGUUCCCAUCCCCGUCCCACCCCUGCUAGCGCUGUUCCCUACCGUUCGGAGAGAUGGGUUACGGAAAAUAAACGUACAAAAAACCAGAACCGAGUCGAUUGUAUCUGGUGGAAGCCGACAAUCAGAUCGUUAG